GCGGCUGAACCCUCUCUCUCGCGCGCGCGCUGCAGGAGCUCGCGGCGACUCCCUCGCGUCCUCCGCGUGCGGGCCGCCUGGGAUGGGCGUUCACUUCUGGUUUUUUUUUUUUUUAAACGCUAACGGCCACUCCGCCGACCUGCCGCCGGUAGUUUCGAGAGAGAAAAAACACACACCUCGUUUUAAUUUUCCUUUUAAUCGUCCCACGCCCCCCGCCGCCGCGACAAUGAGCCUUGCCUCGGGUACCGGUCCAAUACGCCUCGUUCACCUCGAGGUGGGAGUGAAAGGUGAGGAGAAGAGUGAAGACCAGGACCAGCAGGGCCAGAAGGAUAAAGCGCCAAAGCCCAAGAAGGUAAAGAAGGAGCGCAGGGAUGAGGAACGGGCGGAAGCGGCUGCCUCCGGCCUGCCCUCGGCCCCGGGGCCGCAGGGACAGCAGCCCGCGGAGGCGGGGAAAGCCGAGCCUUCGGAGGCGGUAUCGGGGGCUGCUCCAGAGUCCUCCGCCUCCCCCAAACAGCGGCGCUCCAUCAUUCGUGACCGCGGCCCCCUCUACGACGACCCCUCGCUACCGCAGGGCUGGACUCGCAAGCUCAAGCAGCGCAAGUCUGGGCGCUCCGCGGGCAAAUACGACGUCUACCUGAUCAACCCAGAGGGGAAAGCCUUCCGCUCAAAAGUGGAGCUGAUCGCAUACUUCCAAAAGGUAGGAGACACCACCACUGACCCCAAUGACUUUGACUUCACCGUCACGGGCCGGGGUAGCCCCUCGCGGAGAGAGAAGAAGCCCCCCAAGAAGCCCAAGGUGGUGAAGGCCUCAGGAAGGGGCAGGGGGCGGCCCAAAGGCAGUGGCAAGAUGCGCCUGGCCUCGGAAGGAGUGGCGGUGAAGCGGGUUGUGGAGAAAAGCCCCGGCAAGCUGCUGGUUAAGAUGCCCUUUAUCACCCCGAAAGCCGAGGCCGGGGGUCCCUCAGGGCAGGCAGCAGUUGCAAAAAAGCGCCCCGGUCGCAAGAGAAAGUCGGAUCAGAGUUCGCAGACGGUGCCCAAGAAGCGGGGCCGCAAGCCGAUGGCAGCCGCAGGGGCCGCAGGGAGCCCGGGGGCCAGUGCUCCCAAUCCUGCCGCCGCCAUCCAGACCGCCGAGGCCAAGAAGAAGGCCCUGAAGGAGUCUUCCAGCAAGCCGGUGCAGGAGACGGCACUGCCCAUCAAGAAACGCAAGACGCGCGAGACCGUGGAAGAGCUGGAGGCCCCUCCUCUGGCUGCAGCCGUCGGGACCGUGACCGCCACCGCCACCGCGACCGCGGCUGGGGCAGCGGCCGGGGCGGGGGCGGGGGCUGAGGUGGGGGGGGCAGUGGUGGAGGAAGUAGAGAAGGGACAGAAGCUGCCAAAGAGCCCAGGGAGGAAGCACAAAGAGGGGGGCACCGGGAGCAGUGGCAGCGGCAGCAGCAGCCCCCCUAAGAGCCACAAGAAGAAGGAGAGGCAGCCGCACAAGCACCAUCAUCAUCACCACCAUCACCACCACCACCACCAACACUCUUCCUCGCCCCAGCCACCUCCACCCUCCGCAACCCAUGCACACCACCACCAAUCCCAGGGCAGAGCCGCGCUUGGGGGGGGACCAGGGCCACAGGACAAUGAGCCCCAGGACUUGAGCACCCCUAAGCCGUGUCACGACGAGAAGCAGCAGCAGCAAGCAGCCCCCCGGCGCGAGGUGACCGUCAGGGCUGACAGCUGUCCUGGCAGGGAGACCGUCACCAAGACUCAGGCCGCCGCGGUCACGGCAGAGCCGAAAGGCAAACACCGGGCCGCCGGGGUAACGGUGGGGGGCGGGGCGGUGGAGGGAGGGGAGAUGAAGGACAUUGUGCCCACAUCUGCUGUGCCCAGGCCCAGCCGGGAGGAGACGGUGGAGUCCCGGACGCCCGUGACCGAGAGAGUGAGCUGACUGACUCACCCAGGAAACAGAAAGUGCGAAAGGAGGAGGGAGACAGCGGCAGUGAAGACGACGACUUUUCAAGAAGAAAAAAAUAUAUAUUAUAAUACAAAAGGCAGCUGUUGUGUCUUGUUCUCUCUGUGGGUAGGGCUGUUUAACCAACAACGUUGACAUCAAAAGUAAAAGAAAAAGCAGAUUGCUUCCUGAUAAAUUAACAGAUGUAUUGUUCAAUAGAUUUUUUUUUUGUUUUAUUUUCAUUAUUUUUAAAAACCCAACAACAGCCCUUCCGGUUUGUUCCUUUUUCGAAGCUUCAUGAGAGAGUGAGGAAGGUUGGCAGCAUAUUUUUUUUUUUGCAUAGAGUGUAAGGUAGGUCUCAGUUUGGAGAUUAGACCCCUGCCAGAAAAACUCUGUUGCGAGUCUCCUGUCAGUAGGUUAUCUUGUCAUGAAACAUGUUCUGCUGACAAAUAUUUAAUUGAUGAGCAAAUGGUGUCCCCUGUACCAUUUUGUGUUCCAAAGCAAUACAAUCAUAUUUCCAAAAUUUCAGGUUAAGAGAUACUGUCCAUGAUCCUCCAGUGUGUCAUAUCUGAGUCUUUAUCCAUUAGAUCCAAUCAGUUUUAUCCCUGACAAACAUGUUUUUCCAGCCAAUGGUUUUGUAAACCUGAGGUAUAUAUCUCACAAGGCCGACUGAAUUGUAGAUUGUUCUUUGUUAAAACUGUAAAGUAGUUAUUGUUUCCAAUUGGAAAACAUUUUACCAAUGCAUGGAUAUAUUUCGUAUCCAAGCUACUUACGAGGACCUGUACUUACUGCUGCACACAGAGCUAUCCGUUAUACUUUAUGUGGCCUGAAACCAGUUGGGGGGAAGCAAAGAAGAAAUUAAACCUGCAAAGGAUGAAUAGCGAGUUUAGUCUGAUAACACAGCAGACACACUGUAGCCCUUGGUGUUCAGAUCUGCUGCUAUGGCUGGGACAUUGAAAGCUGAUGUGAAAUUGCAGUUGUGGAACCGAUAUUGUUGUGCAGGCUGUCCAUUAACCUUCUGACACUUUUCAUCUUCCUUCUGCCCAGCCCUAGAGAGCUUUGAGCAUCUUACUCAGCAGGUCUACGGGCUUCUUAACUAGGUAGGAGCUUUUUGCCAAAAAUAAAAAAGGAAGUAUUUGUGGCUGUGAUUGUUUAAAAACAAAACUUUUUUUAGCAAGAAUUUUUAGCAAGAAUCAGAAGGCCGAGAUUUCAAAUCAGUUUGUGUUCAGCUGUUCAAAAUUUUCCCUUGUCUUUUUUUGGAGAAGUGGCAGGGAUUUCAUAAUCCCAUAAACUUUUCUUAGUAGAGAAAAGAUGUGAAGAUUGAAGCCCACCUCACCUCCUUUUCGCCCUGUCCUGUCUUUGUACUCCGCCCUUUGACUGACUCGUAAAGAAUGACUUUAGAAAAGUGCUCUGGUCUCUUAGUUCUGCUCAGACCACUGACAGUAAUGACCCACGAUGUCGGAGGGCAAUGAAAAGCUGAGGUACCCCAGAGCAGCAUGUCAUUUACACCCUUUAGUGAAAAGAAGGUAAGAACAAGGUGAAAGAGACUUCUUAAUGAAUUAGAAUAGUAAUUUGACGAAGUUAUCUGGGUGUUGACUUUGAGAAGAAACAUGUUACUUGAACAGCUGCAGCAGCACCACAAGUGGAAGCCUAGUGCUGUUUUUUUUUCCAAACCCUCAUUCACGCUCUGUAGGGCUGGAAGUCCUGACUCUCAUCCCUGCCUGUAGCUUCAAGCCUGCCAAAGAUUCAGAGGCUGGAGUGAUAGCAGUAGUCUUGUGCUCCCCAUUCCUUUGAAGCUUCGAAGAAAAAACAAGGUUUACCACAGUUUACCACAGUGUGAUAAGAACUUCCUACUGAUUGGCUAGGGGUUAAGUCAGGGCUUUUUAGAAAAGAAAGUGAAAACUCGAUCUUCCAUUUAGAGCAUACUUCAGCACUGACUGCACACACACAAACCCUGCUUAGGUUUCCAAACAGGUGGGAGAGAUUAAGGUUUUUCUCAGAACUUGUUUGUUGUCCCUCCAGGGACAGCAUGGUGGUGCCCCUGCACAGUCCAGUUAUGAAACAAAGGGUAUCGGUCCCUUUAUACUUGUAUUACUGAAUAUAGAUUUUGGAGACUUUGGUGUCAUGUAAGUAAGCACUGUAGUUUACAAUUCAGUUUACUUAAUAAAGCACUCAUGCAGAAUUGUUCUUGUGCUAUAAAUUCAAAACUGAAGUACAGUCUACAUAUCUGCUUGUGUAGUCGGUUAUGUAUAAGCUAACUUGUGCAAACAGGCUUCCUGUUUGCAGAGAAUGACUCAAGACUCCCAGCUGACUUUUAAGUUAAAUUGUUAAAACACCCCAAAACUGACAAUAAAUGCAGGUUUUUGGGUACUUAUUUCACAAAAUAACAGGAGCUGAUCAUAUCUGUUAAUGCAUUAUAGUGGGAUCAAGAGAACUGGGUAAAAAUUUAGAUAUGAAUCAAAUAACCUUCGCAGUCUAUAAACAGUAAUUCCUUUUACAUUUUUUAGAAUAAGAAUACUUAUUGAGGUUUUAAAAAGAAUAUAUUUUUAUUACAUUAUUUAUUUUAAGUGGUGAUAAGAUAAUACAGUGAUAUUUUUAAUAGAUUUUAACCUCCAUGUUAUGACGAUCAUUGUCAAAUCAAUAAGUAUGCUUUUUCCACUCUUAUCAAAUGUGUGUCUGUCACAGACAAAAGUGAUAUCUGUGUUAUCAGGAAUGUGAAUCGCAUCCUUGUUGGUACCGAAGACGUUAACCAAAAGGCACGAUUCUGAGUGGCCAAAGUCCACUCUGGGAAGUUCUUAUCUCUGUGGUUUGCGUUUUUUAAAUACUUUCAAAUAUAUUUGUGUUUACAAAGGUUUAUUUCAAUUGUUCUCUUUUUCAUGUGAGAAAGCACCUUAUCUAAAACAGAAACCAUAUAAAAAUACAUAUAAUUGAAAUACUGCUACUAACAACAAUAAUAAUUAGGCCCUCUCCUGUUUUCGGCACACAGGCUGUUAGUUUAUCUACAGUUACACUCCAUGGUUUCAGUUAAUGCCUGGAGGUUGAGACCUACAUAAUGUUUUAGUACUCUCUGUUUGCAUGCACUAGAAGAAAUUGUUUCUAUUUUAAAUGAAAAGUACCUCUCAGUUGGAUUGUAAAGAUGGUUAUAAAGGCAAGAUGAUUUCAUUUUUGAGUUGUGAUUCCAGUCCGCAACUAUGUAGCAAAACGUUAAUCAAGCAUGCUACAAUUUUAAUACUGCUUUGUUGAUGCCACACUCCAUUUCCAGCAAAAGUGUUACCAUCAUGAAAUUUGCACUUGUCUGCAUUUAUAUAUAAAAAUAAUUACACCAACAUUAUUACGUAAAGGAAUUGAGAAGUAUGUGUAUGCAAUAAUUAUUGAAGUGACCAUAUGUGCAGUAGUCUCCCAGCCUCCCAGGUUAGUACCGCUAGUUAUAUCGUGAGUGUUCAAAGAAGCACAGAAAUGUUUGUAAACAUUUCCCGAUUUCAUAGUUUUUUUUCCUGAUUAGCCCAAUUCUCUAAUAAAGUAACACCGCUAAUAUCCCUCUUACUCCCCUAUGAUAUGCACUGCGCAGGGGACCGUGAAGAGCAGAUUUCAACUUGUACUCCUGCACACAGCACCAACCCUGAAAAGGUUGUACUGGAAAUGGAUGGCAGUGGCUUGAACUGCAGUACAGCUACAGUUCGGCCAGUAAUCCAGCUCUGUGCCUCAUGGGGUGGGAACUCGUAGAAGGAGCAACUUGAAGUUCCUAGAUGAAGCCCUGGCUGAUCUGAGGACACAGUUUUCCACAUAUUUGUUUGGAAAACCUAGGUAGUCUUGGGCGGUUUUCCUCCUUGGCUUGCUUCCCUUUAACCUGGACCCCAACAUGUGGGACAGGGCUUCUAAGGAUAUGAGCAUCCUUGCUCGACAAAGGGCUAUGUAAUAACUUCAAGGCACACACAAAAAAUACACUUCAACCUAUCUGACCUGUAAGUAAAGCAUAAUCGAGGCACAGCUGUGUUUGAAGUUUGUUUACACGUCUCAAAGGUUUUCGUUUUGUGUGGCCCCUUGACUCCAUAGACCACGGGGCUACGCCAAUGCACGAUUCUGAGCACUCACUCACCCCAGAUGCCUGUUCCCCGUCACGCUGGCUGGGAGGAGGUAUCUGCCACGGAAAAUUGCGCAAGGGAAGCCCAAGGUGGAAAGCAGAACUCAAAAGAAACUUCUAAGUUGUCUGGGGAAGAGCCUUUUGGGGAAAAAAAAAACAGCAUCAGCCCUUUUAGGUUGGUGUCCAUGCUAAACAGAGAAUUUAAGAAUAAAAGACAUUUAAAAACCAAACCUCCUGGCGGCAUGAAGUCUUGCUAACGUAGUUUUGUGGUAUCUGUGCUAUAUGACUUCAAGCAACUGAUGAAACCCCCUCUAUGAAAAGUACCGAGACAGCCUGGCUGCAACAGAAGGGAUAGUGCCUUGCAUUAGAGAUGGACUUGGGUGAUAGAAGUGGCCUUUGAUCAAAAAUAUAAAAACUUUUAAACUAUUUUAAAAAAAAAAGGCUAAGACGGGCUAAUAUGACUUGAUUUUCAAGCACAUUGCAUUGAUGCUUACCGUUGAUGUUGUAUUACUGGAAUUAAGAACAGAGAUUUUCCGUUGAAAAAAUUUUGGGUCUAGUCAAUAAAGUACGAUAUGCAUAGCAGUCAUUUGCAGAACAACUGCACAGAGACAGAUUUCUGUUUUGUUUAAAGGAGUCUUAAAGAAGUUUUAUUUGAGUUUUAACUGUGAUCUAGUGCAGCUGGGGUAACAUAGGAUUGAAGUAAGUCAUUGAAAAAAUGUAGUCUUGCAGUGCUCCAUUCUGCGCGUUCUUUGUUUGUAUCGUGGUUUUCUUUGAUUGCAUAGUGGUUAUCUUUUCAGUUGUUAUAAGAUUGUGAGGGUGGUGCUUAGUUCCUUGUUUCAGGUUUGCUGUAAAUGUCUUCAAGGUUCUCUGAUUAGUACAUUGUGGAACCCCCUCCUAUGAAUGUGUGUACUUCAGUGUGGUCGCCUUCCAGGACACAUCAGAGCUAGUGUUUUCAAAAGAGACGUUUACAGUACAGUAUUAAGUGUUAAUUGCGGUUAUCUUCCAAUUUUCCAUCUUUUAUUUGUACUUCCACAUCGAUGAGCAUUACUUCCAACUGUAAGUGAGCGCCACACUGAGCACAAGCAGUUUUGAUUUGAAAAUUAUGUCAACGAGACAGCAGAAAACUGAAAAAAGGGCACUGCCUAUUUUCGUGUAGGAAAUCUGAAAUUUCAAAUGGUCUCCAAAGCUCUGGUAAUUAAGCAGGUUUAUAGUGUGUUAAAUAUUGCUUUCCUCCCAGUCUAUAAACACCACAUUGUUUGUGGUUUCUCAGAAUUACGGAGCCAUGUUGGGAGGUAUGUUUUUGUGUCUUCUUCUGUCUGUAGCAAAAAUGGUGCCUCUGUCCCUGUGCCAGUGAGAUCAGAUGCAGUCAGUCUGGGGUUGAGCCAGAUUUCCCUUGGGUCAGUGUCUCUGCCAGAGACUCGGCACACUGGCCUAUUGUUCCUCUUGGAGAGAGCAAAAGACUGCUUUUCUGUUCACAGGCGUUCAACAGAUACUGCCAAUGCAUUGACAGAAAUCAUCUCCAGCUUUCCCAUCCUGUGUGUGUGAACGGUGAAGAGUCACUCUCUUACACUACUGCUUCCAUUCCUGGCUGCACUGAGUUAACAUUGGUUUAUACCAGAGAAGCUUAGUGACGACCGUAUUUUAAACAUGAGGUAAAACCUUCCACUACUUGUGCCAGAAAAACAUUGGCCGGUUACACUUCUUGGUGUCACCUGAUGGCCGAGAACAGGAACAGGAACUGGAACGUCUUUUUUAGCUGAAUUAACCAUCAAAGAUUUCUUGGAACCAUCAAAGAGUUCCUUGCAAAAACAAAUUCAUACUCCAUUUCCUUUAGAGCUGUUUUGUUGGUUUCUUGUUACUUUCCAAGAAGUUUGGCAUUGAGAGACAUUUUUGCACUGUAAAAUGUUACAUAAAAAUGGUUUUGACACACUUUGAAAAGGACCCAAAAGGAUAUGACGUCCCUGUUGUGCAUACUGUUACAGUGUCUCUGUUAAGUGAUGUUCCUUUCGUGUGUAGACAUCUCAGGCAGUUGGGAUUUGUUAAUCUUAAUAUUCUCAGCGGUUUGUGCUACAGUAGAGUAUAUGAUUACAAAUGUCUAGAUCUAGUGUUUUUUUAAAUUCUGUAUUUCCUUCCUGUACAGUAUGGUAUGAUACGAGCACAUAAAUUAACAGGAAGAACAAAUUCACCUCACUGAUUAAUCCAAAAAAUAAAACCUAUUUAAAAUGUUAAAUCUCUUAUACCACAAUGAUAAAUUACCCUUAAUUAUAAAGUCAUUCUGUACGUAUUUAAGAAAGGGACUUGCCUUUUAAACAGAGCAUGCUAAAUCGUUGAUAACAACAGUCUGUCAUAGGUUCCUGGGACCAAAGGAAGAGAACACUGUGUUCCAUCCCACUUUAGUCGAGAGUUUCAAUUAGAUCCACAGCGACUCAAGUACCAUCUGCAAGCAUACUGUGUGUAGAAUCAUUUAGUUACACAAAACUAAGGUUCAGUCCAAAAGGAUCUUUUUCAUGGGGCAACAUCAUUGAAGUCACUAAGUGGUAAUUAAAAUUUACAGUUCCCCCAUAAGCCUGCUUUCUAAUGUCAGUCUCUUUAUAGGAGUGAUAGGUCUCAGAAGUGUCUUUAUGGUUGUAAUUGAUCAACUGCUGUUAGGAGCCUAGACAGAAUAUGCUUAGCAUGGUUGAAAUGUUGUUGUUUAGUGACUAACUUCAAUAAGCAAAUGAUGGUGAAGGCAAAAGAGACUUUGCGAUUUCCCAUUAUUUCAACCUAGAGCUUUGAUUUAUUGCUGUAAAAUUUAACAGAAACAGUUGUAUAGUAUUCCUCUUACAUUCCUUCUUCAGAUCAGCACUUGGUCUUUGUUAGCCCUGUCUUUGCCUUUGCAUCUCCACCUUUUCAAUAUUUGAAAUAAAUGAAUGUUUUGUCUUGGCCAGUUCUGAAAAAAAAAUCUGCACUUUAUAAAGAUAUGUUGCCUGUUGGAUGCCCACAUCUCUUUUUGUCUGUUUCACCGACUUCCAACAUGUUUAUUUUUAUUUUUUGUAUGACUCAUUUUUGUUUUAAUUUGUGAAAUAAAUAAAGAGGUGGGUAGUCCAACUUAAUUGCAAAAAAAAAUAACAACAAUCUCCAUCUCAAAGGUCACUUGUUUGUAACCCAGCCAAAUCCUUGCCUUCCUGAUACUGAAACUCCUGCAGUGUCUGACUGCUUUUAUGAUAAUCUGUUAUUUAUUCAGUUUGCCCUUAAAAACAAACGAAACUAAGGAAGAGUAAAUAUGAAUGGUUUUAAACUUUACAAGCUAAAAACUCGCCUGCUGUUUCUUCCACUGUAAGAUAUUUAUUUUAUAAAGGCAAAGAGGAAAACUAAUCUUUUGAGUCCCAUCUGAGCUUCAAGAAAGGCUGACAGCCUCUGUAGGAGCAGGGAGCACGCAUGUAGCCGUGCUCAAGUGCAGAAACGCUCACGAUGUAGCUCCUCAGUCAUCCGGCCUUACCUAUGUCACGUGUGUGUGUGUGUGUUGUGUGAAUAGGAAGGGGGGAAGGGGAUAGGGACAAAAAAAGAUGCUCCUCUUUUGCAUAAAAGCCAAAAGUAAAAUCUUCAAGGAAUCUGACCAGUGAAUGGAGACAUCUUUUUUUUUUUUUUACUUUUGUCCAAAACCUUGUGUUCCUGAACUUCUGUAGGUCUGUGUUCUGUUUUGGAAGGGGGAGUGGAAGGGCUUCUGGCUGCAGUGUGCUGUGCGCGAACUCUGUUGUGACAGUGGAUGGCUAAGGGAUGCCUCAGUUGUCAGGAGCUAGUUUUCCUCACAUUUGCGUCUUUGAGCGUUUGCUGCAGCUGCCCUCUGUGUGCCACGUCCGGGAGAAUCGCCUGCGUUGCUGGGAAUAUAAAAAUUGACGGCUGCCGUCUUUGAGUCUGGCGCUCACUUAGCCCGAUGGGCGCAGUCCAGCACUGAUGCAUCUACAGCAUAGAUUCAUCUUGAGCGGCCUUUGAAGCAUCUGUAAGAGAAACAGAAGAUUAGUUUUCCUCUUGCUGAAGACCGGACUUUGUAUUCUUCUCUGGUCUGCGAGAUUCCUCCUCCUGACCUGGUUACUUGGCACCAUGCUGAAGCAACAAAGGCAGGUUGUAAGGGGAGGUUCAGAGGGUCACAGUAACUGCUUAAUGUGGUUUUUUUCUUUUGCAAGAUAAAAAAGGAUUAUUUUACAAUGUUUUUUAGUGUGUUUAACUAAACAAGUAGUAUGUGAUGAUUGUGAACUGAUGAUAGACUUAAAAAUGUUCUGGUAAGAGUCUUCUGUACAUACAUAGCGAUUUGAGGUUGAUACUUCAGUCCUUAUUAACAAUGUUUCCCAGUCGUUUUUUUUUUUUUUUUUUUGCUUGUUACUCUUGGUUAUCUGAAGAGGAUUUGAUUGGUGGGAACCCCUGUGUGUGGAUGUGUAACAUCCCCUCCCUCUGCCCCCCUCAGUGGUCAGUCUGAGCAUGAGAAAUGAGGACAGAGCCCCUGUAGCUUUCUGUGUGUGUUAAGUCGCAGACAGCUAUCCUCUCCACUCCUUUUCCUGGCAUUUGGGUGGUGUGUUACGUAAUGUACAGUAUGAAACUUUGUCCCCGGCCUGACUCCGAGUGCGUGUCACCUGUUCUUGUUUUUUUGUCAACUCAAUCUGAACCGGAGCUGCGAGGACGGUGUGGAGGCGCAGCCAUGCGGGGCUGUCAGAAAGCCUCUCGCGCAGCUCCUGUCCUGCUCUUUUGGAGGCUGGGUGAAGUGCGUCUCAGUCACUCUCCGGAGGGGCUUUCGAGAUGUUGGUCAUUCCCACAGAAUCCGGAAUUGAGAGCUAAAGGCAUUUUAACCCCGGUUUAAGUGAUGCUGAAAGAAACUUAGCUUGCUGAUCCCUCAACCCCCCUCUUUUAAAAAAAAAACUUGAAAAUAUUGCUUUUCUGUGUCAUAACCAGUUCGAAUCUCUAUAACAGCGUAUGCAAAUUAGUAGUUUUUGCUUUUUCUUGCAAGUUGUGGAUGUUGUGUCAGGCUACAGCCUGGCCCGUCGCGUCGUGCCGGUCUGCCAGCUGGCUCGCUUAGAUGUGGCGUGGCAGUUCACCCAGCCUCCUUGUUCAAAAACGAAAAGCAGCAGCAUCCACUGGCUGUAAAUACAUACAUACUCUUCGUUCUUAUGUACAUUAUCUUUUGUUUAGGAAAUCCCUUUUUUGCCUUGCAGUUUCGUAGAAUAUGUGCACCUUUUUCAGAAAAGAAAAUGUGUAUGAAUGUCUUAGUUUUAUUUUAACUUUUCAGUGAAUGUCAUUUAUCAUGUAGUUUAGUGUUUACAGUGUCUCCAUUAAAUACACAUAUAUAUAUACACAUAUAUAUGUGUAUAUAUAUAGUAACACAUUGUAUACAUAGAUAUUUUUAGAUCAUGUUACUACAGACUGAAGAAGCAGGGGAGGGAAAGUUAUUGGUUUUCAUAUUGAAUUGGUGUACCAAGACUUCCUGAAGAGUUCGUUCUUGCUGCACUUACUUUUGGCUGAAGAUUCUGAUUGUAAAGCAAUUUAAAAAAAAAAUAAAAAAAUAGUGCAUUACUCAUACCUCCUUUUAUAAACGUCUGGGAAAGACAAUUUAUUUCUCCAUUCAGGGAAUGCUGCAGUGCUUCUUUAUCACAUAUUGUAGGUAAUCUCUAAGGAAGGGAAGGGAAGGGCUUUGCACUAUUUCUGUUCUUUUGAAGAAUCUACCAAAUUUAAAAAAUAUCACCAUAAUAAAGUACAAAUGUGUCCAACUAAGGAACUGUAUUCUAUAGUUUAAUCCACAUAAAUCUCAUUGCAUUAAGUCGUAACAUGUUGCCUAUGACAUUAUGGUGAUUAUUAUAGCACCAACCUUGGUAAAUACCAUGAUAAUGUUGUCAGCCACAAUACUGUGGUAUACUGGUGGGUCAUACUUCCUUAAUAACUACUUUAGUACCAGGGCUAUCACAAGGCUCUUUUUCACCUGGGUAUCCACCUUUAACAGAAUUCUCUCCCAAAUCUGAUUGGUUUUGUGUUGUUUAAAAAGUGACCCAAAAACACAGUUUGACUUUUGCACUCUUUGGCUAUUUUCUAAACUUUAAUGAGACUAGGCAGCUCCAUGACGAGCGAAUCUAUUGCUCUGAGGCCUGUGUUUUUUUUUCACCAGUACCCUUUUAAUGCAAAUGCUUCGUUACAGCAUCACAGACUCAGUCUCUAUGUAAUACCCAGUGCAUCCUCAUUCCAGAGGCAGUGAUGUAGUCAACCGUUCUGACUGAGGGAGGUAUAGACUGUUUUGCUCUUACCAGAAAGCUGUGUGGCAUUCGUGAACAAAUGGCGAAUGUCACUGUUUGGGGUUUUACAGACAAAGCAGUCAAAAUAAUCCACAGAUCAGAAUUUGUAUUUCAAAAUGGCAGUUUUCUUACUGUUCUUUGCUUUGGCCUUCCUCAAGUCUGCAAGAACUGCACAGGUCCAUAACGUGGGCAAUGUUGUUAGAGGAAGGAAACUGACACGCUCUGAAACAGCAAUCCCGAAGGGUUCUGUGCGUGUCGGGUUAUAACAGUGUCUUUCCUUUGCUCCUUAGUUUUCAGAAGUCCGACAGCAGUGCAAAGCUUCUGUGGUUUAGAUGUUUUGUGCAGAUAAAAUCAGAUCAGCGCAUCUGAAAAUCACGGAAGAUUGUCACAACAGAAGUUUUAUUGUUGACUGUAAUAAACUGGCAUGCAGUUCAUUUCAAACAUGAAUAAAAAACACAUAUCUAUGGUAAGACGCAUGGGAUGUCUUAGUAGCAGCUUGAGAUACCUUGCUGAAUUUUUUUUUUUAAAUAGACUUGAAGUGUGCCACAGAUUUGAAAAUGUAGACAGACAAUGCCAAAAACACACCGUUUUUCUUAUUGAUGCCAAAGGUGUAUGUUCUACAUGUAUACAAAAGAAUAUUUCAAACUAGCUAUUUUUUUAAUUUUCAGUUGCUUACAUGUAAGUGUAAAAUUAUAGAAUUCAUGUAAUAAAAGUGCAUUUUAUGUGUGCAAAAUCCUGUAAAUUAAAAUCUAAAGGUGUCUUGAAUAAAUAUU